AUGCCAGAUCCAUCAAUAACAUCGCUGACCACCCUCGAUGCACUUUUCAACAAUCCCGUCUUCGCCGGAGGCAUCGGCCUUGCAGGUCUCGGGGCUUCUGCCGCUAUCGGGCGACGUUUCAUGAUACUGGGAGCUUCUACCAUUAAACGACGUCUUCUGGUAAAUCUCGAGAUUAGUAAAGAGGAUCCAUCGUACCAAUGGAUCUUAGCAUGGCUAUGUCUCCCUCGUCCAGCUGGAGGUUUUAUCGCAUCCAAGAUUACCCGUGUUCAUGAUUAUUCUAUGCGAACGACGGGCGAACAGUCUGAAGGCGGUCCAUCAUCUGCGACAUUUCUUGCGCAACCAGGAUAUGGCAGACAUGUCAUCCAGCAUAAAAACGCAUUCAUUUUAGUUCAGCGGGAGAAGCAGAGCAGUCAUAAUAUGAAUACUGGUGUGCCGCACGAGACGAUUACCUUUCGAACUUUAUAUGCUCAUCGACAUAUAUUCGCGGAUAUUUUCGCCGAAGCACAUCAAUUGGCUGCUACAACUCGCGAAGGGAAGACAGUCAUUUACAAAAGCUCAGGAAUGGAAUGGCGACAAUUUGGAGAUGCGCGACGGAAACGCCCGCUCAAUUCUGUAAUAUUGGACGAAGGGGUUAAGCAGCGAAUCCUGGAUGAUGUGAGAGAUUUUUUGGGUCGACAACAAUGGUAUGUGGAUCGAGGAAUACCUUACCGCAGAGGUUAUCUCCUAUAUGGACCACCUGGGAGUGGCAAAACUUCUUUCAUACAAGCCUUGGCUGGGGAGUUAAAUUUUGGGGUUGCGAUGAUCAAUUUGAGCGAGCGGGGAAUGACUGACGACAAGUUGGCACAUUUUCUCACCAAGUUACCUCCACGAACACUCGUACUGCUGGAAGACGCAGAUGCUGCGUUUGUGAAUAGAAAACAGGUGGAUUCCGAAGGAUAUUCCGGCGCGACGGUUACAUUCUCGGGAUUGUUAAAUGCGAUGGACGGAGUGGCAGCCGGCGAGGAAAGACUUGCCUUCUUAACUACAAAUCAUAUUGAUCGACUUGACGCCGCUUUGAUACGGCCUGGACGAGUCGAUAUGAUAGAGAGAAUUGGCGAAGCUACGAGAUACCAAGCCGCAGAAAUGUGGGAUAGGUUUUAUGGCGAUAUUGAUAAGGAUGGAAGUGGAAAGACGCGAUUUUUAGCAAAUUUAGAAAGCUUCGGGCUCGUUGCAAACGAAGAAGGUAAAACGAGUGAGCCAGAGCUUCAUACGAGUAUGGCUGCUAUUCAGGGACUUUUCGUGUUCAACAAAGACAGCAUGGACGGAGCCAUUGAUAUGGUCGAGGGGUUGAUACCGAGGAUUUACGAGCCUCACACCCUUAAUAAAGGGAUCAAGGUAACAGCCUGA